AAAGACGCAAUAUAAAAAGUUGUAGUUGGGCUCCAAGGCGAACAUCAAGAAAGUAGCCGUUACACUGCUUUUUGCUUUUGCCCUUCGAUUAUUAUUUCUCUCAAACUCAUAUUUCCUGAAAACUCAUCAGCCAUUAGAGCGAUAGUCAUCUUCAUCUAACCCAAACGACAAUUUCUACUUCCUAAAUUCCCAAUUACAGUUGCCUUUUUGCCCUAAAUUUACCAAUUAUUUAGUUCCUUUCAUCCAAAAUUUUGAUCCUAGAAGAAGUCGAAUGGCGUCAAGAACAGUUGCCAAAGAUAUAAUAACUCUUCGAGGCUCAGCGGCAAUUGUCAGCGAGUUUUUUGGAUAUGCAGCGAACAGCAUUUUGUACAAUCGAGGAAUUUAUCCAGAAGAAAGUUUUGCCAAAGUGAAGAAAUACGGGCUCCCAAUGUUGCUUACUCAAGAUGAAGGUGUUAAAUCGUUCAUUACCAAUCUAACAGCUCAGCUUUCUGAAUGGCUGGAAGCUGGGAAACUACAGAGGGUUGUAAUGGUUAUCAUGAGCAAGGCAACCAAUGAGGUCUUGGAGAGAUGGAAUUUCAGCAUUGAGACUGAUAGUGACGUUUUUGAGAAAGGUGUGUCAAGGGAAAAGAGUGACAGGGAAAUCAUGAGAGAAAUUCAGGCAAUCAUGAGACAGAUUGCCUCAAGUAUUACUUACUUGCCGUGCCUUGAUGAACCAUGUGUGUUUGAUGUUCUAGCAUACACUGAUACGGAUGUUGCAGUACCAUUCACUUGGAUUGAGAGCGACCCUAAGCUGAUUGCAAAUCCACAAAUGGUGAAGUUGCAUUCAUUUGAUACCAAGAUACACAAGGUUGACACUCUUGUUUCAUACAAGAAUGAUGAAUGGGACGAGCAGUAGAGUGCCUGAACCUUCUUUGUCCCCCACCCGCCUAUAUGUGAAUCUUUGUCCUUGAAACUCUUUCUGUUCUCAUGUUAUACAUGUUAUUUAAAAAAACAAAAUAGAAGUUAAUUCUUCAAAUUGGUGCAAACCUUUUAUGAUAUUAAUUGUAAAAGAAAUAUUUCCAAAUGAUCAAAUUAAAAACUAGAAAUUAUAAAUUUUAAAGUGCUUUUCCUAUAUGUUCCUUUUUUCCUUCUUUUCAAACACUCAACAGCCUAUUUCUAAAAUAUAAACUUAAACUCCUAAUAAAUUUGGCUCCAGUAUAAGUAGCCAAGAAAAAACCCAAAAGCAAAACAAAAUCUUUAAAAAUUGACCCCAUUUGACAUCCUUGCGUAGUACUUUGUUUUCAAUCCAAAUGGAUAUGCACAGAAGGAGACCCAGGCAUAUGAACAGGUGAGUAUAGGAGAGUGAAAGGAAUGAGAAACGGGCCAAAAAUGGAGAAAAUGGGCCAACGUACGAAAUUAACACGUCCUGGACUUCCUCACACGGGCAGACCACACGGUCGUGUCAAUUUAGCAGAAUCGAAGCACGACUCACACAGGUAAACCACACGUCCGUGCCUAUUUAACAGGCUUGACUAUGACCUGAAGUAAUCGCACACGGGCAUGUCCCUGUUGAGCCCAAGCAGAGUCCUAUUCGGAAAAGGCCACUUUUGAGGGCUCUUAGGCAUUCCAAAGCCUAUAAAUACAUUCUAGAAGAGGAGAAAAAAGGGGAUGCACAGAAGGAAACAAAGAAUUGCUCAAGGAAAGUCGAUUGAUCCAUCUCAGAAGCCGGAUUCACUAUCAAAACUGAAGAUCUCCCUUCAAAUUCUCUCAGGAGUUUUGGGUUUUCUUAUGUUUUGUUAUUUUUAUUCUUUUGAGAUGUGUUCUUUCAUUAGUAUGAACUAAAACCCCUCAAUACUUAAGGGGAAUAAAACCUAAGACAGAUCUUGUUAUUAUUAUUUGAAUUGUAUGAUAAAUAUUUGACUUGUUCUUAA